AUGGUGGAGACGGCCAUCAAGCAGGCAGCCGCGGCAGCUGUGGCCGAGGACGGAUGGAAGCCAGGAGAGGUCGAUGUUGCCGCCAUGGUCGAUCUUGUCCGCCGAGGAGAACUCGAUCGUGCCAUGGUGACCAUGGCGGCUCAUCUCGCCUCGGCAUCGUCAGCCGUCUGGAGCCGCGAGGUCUACACCCUCCACGGCCUGCUCUCCGAGCGGACGCUUCCGGUGGACGAGGCGCUUGCGCUCUACGACCAACUGGCGAGUGUAGGCUCAUGGGGAAGCGACGCUCGUGCUGUCCACGCCUUUGUCACGCGUUGCCUCGCCACCGCGUCCGGCGUCUGCAACGAGUUCCUCGACAUCUGCCCAUCGGCUCGCAGCCACUGGGCGGUGGUCAUUGCCGAAGCCGCUGAGGCCGCCGCUCAAGCCUGCGACCCGGACAUUGAUGGGCCGGCGCUUGCUGCUCUCCUGCCCGAUCUGGAGCCCAAGCUCAGUGUGGCAGCCGGCGCACUUGGCCUCUAUGUUGCCAUAUCGUUGCUCUACGGCCUGCUCUGCAGCUCGGCCGAGGCGCUCGUGUGGUCGAUGGAUGCUUCAUCGCGACUGACACUCGUUACGGCGACGUGCUCGGCAUGCUCGGCAGCGUUUGACUCUUGGGACGCUGGCGACUUGUGGAUGGCAAGCGCCGCCUUUGACCUUCUCGCCGACACCAUCAUGUGGUCAGGCGGCCUUGACUGGGUCACUUGGCGCGCCGAUCCCGACCCAGGCGCGCCCCUACUGGCUGCUGCGAUGGGCGAGGCUAGCAUCGUCAUGCGGCUGGGUCUUGCUCCCCGCACUCGCGCCCUCGCCCUCGGCGCCGUAUCUCCAUCAGCGUUGCUUGGCAUCCCCUGGAGCGGCGAGUACUACGAGGCAAAUCCGCUCACUGAUGCAGCUGUCUGGCACGACGACGGCUCUGUUGUCCACGAGUUCGCAGCCUGGGACCGCCCUGCGCUCAGCACCUUUGUGACUGCUGCGGCGGCAUCGCACGUCUGGGCCCGCGACGCCAUCACCUCUCUCAUUCCCGCCCCCGCCCCGCGCUCAGCAGGUCGCUCCACCGGCCGCGGGCGCGGAUCGGUCUGGCCGGCUAUUCGUCGCCGCGCCAUCUCCACGCUCUCUGACGCCGGCCAUCACACUCACGACGCUGAUGCCAAAGCCGACACAAUCGCUAACGCGCUCAUUCCCACCCCGUCAAGCUCAUCCAUCUCUGCUAAUUGCGUCGUCAAGCACGUCGAGCCGAUCAUCACUCCUUUGGCAGUCUUGGAUGAUGCCUAUCAGGUUGUAGCGGCUCUCUUGGACUCUUCCAACAGCUACGUUGACGUUGCGUACGGAGGCCAGGCUGACAACCGAAUUAUGGUGCUUACUCGGACUGCAAUUGGCGGUUGGAAUGCUCCGGUCAUGGUCGACAACACUGAGGACCAUCCGCUGUUUAUGAUCGCGCACGACGUCGACCUCGACAGCUCGCCAGAUCUUGUUGUGCCGUACAGGAGCUCGGACAACGUGGUCAUCUACCGCAAUGUUGGCUGGGACGCCUCCUUUGGUGCGGCCAAGAUCAUUCUUGUCCCAUCCGAUGCCGACGCCGACCCGUACGGCGUUGCGGUCGGAGAUAUCAACGGUGACAGCCUGCUCGACCUGCUAGUGGCGGCCGAGAACUCGGACGCAAUCGAGGUGUUUGUCGGGACCGGGCCCGGCGCAUUCUCACCAGUCCCGGUUGACAUCACCAGCUCGCUGCCGACUAGCCAGCAACCUAGGGGGCCGCGACAGGUCAUGGUCCACGACUUUGACGGCGACGGCCACAACGAAGUCAUCUUCACCUCGUCAUCGUCGAGCGGCAGGCGCGUCAUCGCACUGCGUGGGCGGGCCGACCUUGUCUCGGUCCCAGCAACCUCUGCUGUGCUCCUGGAUGACAACUCUGACGGCGCGUACACACUCGACAUUGGCGACAUCAACAAUGACGGCCUCGACGACGUCGCUGUCACCCUUCGCUCCGAAAACCGUGUCGUCGUUUACUACAACCGCGGUGGCCUGCAGUUCUCGCCGCGGUUUGUCGCCGUCGAGGGCAUCGACCAGCCGUUUGCUGUCAAGAUCGGCGAUCUCAACAAUGACGGCUGGCCCGACCUGGUCUUCUCAGGUUUCGACGACGACGAGCUCCGCUGGGUGCCCAAUGACGGAGUGGGAACGUUCCGGGCCCCACCGCAGGAGCUGGACGAGUCGCUGGCCAAUGCGCGCGGCGUGGCCCUCGCUGACUUUGACGGCGAUGGCAAGCUCGACGUUGUCGCUGCCAGCGACGAGACCAACGGCGAGAUCCGGUUGUACACCUUUGACGACACGCUCUCGCCGUUCAAGCCGUUUGUAGCCACGUUGGUGACCGAGACUGCCAACGGCGCCCAGGGCGUCGAAGUUGGCGAUGUGACGGGAGACGGGUUUGCAGACGUCGUCGUCGCCUCUUACAAAGACGACACUGUCAUGGUCUACGUCAAUGAUGGCAAUGGCAAGUUUGGCACGACCGUCGCCGACCACAUCGAGCUGUACCCUGCGCCUGAGGAGCCUGGGACCGUGACCCUGGCUGACUUUGACGGCAACGGGUGGCUGGACGUUGCUGUCGGUGGCAAAGUGUCCGACACAGUCGAGUGGUGGCCCAACACCGGGCAUGGCACCUUUGGCGCCCGUCUUCUCAUCGGCACAUGUCCCGAGCCGCGCCGACUCACUCCUGGCGACCUCAACAAUGAUGGGGUGCCUGACUUGGUUGUCGGGUGUUCUAACCGCGAGGAUCCCAACCCGUCACUUCUCGUCUUUCUCAACGUCAACAGCGCCGCCGCCUGGACCAGGAUUGCAGUCUUUGGCUCUAUCGCCCCUUCAGAGUACUUUAGCAUUGGUCUCGGCGACAUCGACCUUGAUGGGUAUGUUGACGUGGUCUUUUCCGCCUCGACGCUGCAAACCUUGGCGUGGUCGCGCAACCUGGCUGGCACGGCCUUUGCCCCACCAACCACCAUCGAGUUGCUCGGUGGCGUCGAUGAACCACUCGGCAUUGCGUUGUGCGACGCCAACGGCGAUGGCGGGCUCGACCUCGUUGCUGGCAUCUUGGUCGACUCGACCUCGUCGCGUGUCUCGGUCUACAUGCAGACUGGACCCGGAACCGGGCUCUUUGCGCCGCCGGUCGACUACGGAGUCUUUGACCGACCGUUUGCUGUGGAUUGUGACGACCUGACCGGCGACGGUAUGCCGGACAUUGCGCUCGGGGAUCGCGACGACGACGACAUCUACUGGUUCCGGAACUUGGGCUCGGGCACAUUUGGCUCUGCCACCAUUCUUCUCGCCACUGCCGACACGGUGACCACUGUCCGUAUCCGCGACGUCAACAGCGACGGGUACAACGACAUCGUCACUUCGUCACUAGGUGACGACAAGGUGAGGAUCCUGUACCAGCGUCCGCUUCUGAGCGCGACAGCGCAAGUGGCCCAGCUCCCACCGGUCGCGACCGGUGUACAGCACACGCUGCCACAGUUGCACUACGCACUCAAUGUUGCGUCGCGGUGCGUCCCGCAGCGGAUCGAUCUCCCGGCGGGCUACAAUAUCUCGGGCUGCUCCGCGUGGGGCCAUCUUCCGGUCCCGGCUGGCGUCGACUGGACUGUGGCCGGCCCUGCAGGCUUGAGCGGAGACUCACGGCCGGUGAUCGAUUGCGGCGCUUCCGGCGGCGUGAUGUUCGAGGUCACGGCGGGCGGCUCGCUGGUGCUGGAGAACAUCCGGCUGCAGCGCGCCACGGUGGGUGCGGAAGUGACGGCGGCAACCGGGUUGCGCGUGAGCGGGAGCGGCGCCGAGCUGGCGCUGGCCAAUGUGACGGUGACCGGCUUUUCGUCGGCGGCCUCGUCGGCGCUGCAGCUCUACUCGGGCAUGGGCGGAGCGAUGAUGGUGGUCAACGGUGGGCGGGUUCUCGCCGAGAACUGUGUGUUCUCCCGCAACACAGCCGCCGACGUCGGCGGCAUGGCGGCGCUCGUUGGUCUUGGCUCGGUGCUUGAGCUGGCGAACUGCGAGGUGACGGGCAACAGCGCGCUCGGCGGCGGCGGCGGCGGCGUGGCGGUCUUUUCGCCCGACGGCCGCGUCGCUACUCGCGACGGAUGCUUAUUUGCGAACAACAUGGCUCCGGCUGGGACCGGCGGUGCGGUCCUUGUCGACAGUGGCGCGACAAAUGCGCGCGUCAGUCUUGCCUCUACCCGGAUUGUCGACAACGUCGCCGGCAUCAUCGGCGGUGGGCUCGGAGUGUUUGCCGCGGAUGCCGCACGGGUUGAAAUCGGCAGCGGCUCGCUUGUCCUCGACAACCGCGCCCAGGUCGGUGGUGGAGUUGGUGUUGUGGAGAGCAGAUAUGCUGUUCCGAAAGCACCAGGCUUUGCAUCAUCGGCGCUGGCGCGGGCCACUGCUAGCAGUGUGGCCAACGCAAGCGUAGUAUUUCUACCCGGCUCGAUUCUGGCCGGCAACCACGCGAGUUACGGUGGCGGGUUCUUUGCCUGCGGCGCAGCCGUGGACGCACAGCAGGCGAGCCUCGCAGCGCCGACGCCGGUGGCCAGCAUCGGCGGUGGGUACGCGUUUGUCUGUCGCUUGUCAGACGGAAGCGCGCCUGCGAUACCGACGUGGGUGAUCGACCCAGUUUCCGGAGCACCAAGCUGUACUGCAGGUGGGUACGGACCGCAGCUGGCGACACCACCGGCGACGCUCGAGGUGGUGGACGGGGUGCCGUCAGCGGCAUCCGGCGUGGCGUUUGGCGGCGGCGCCGUGGUGGCGCGCGACGGACUUGGGCAGGGCGUGGUUGACGGCCUGCUUGUGCUACGUGUGAAGGGCCCAGAGGUUGCGAAUGUGAUGGUGACCGGGGCCGAGCUGGGCAUUGCUUUUUCGACGCUGACCGGCAGCGCCGACCUCGCCGGGGUGGGCGUGGCGGCAAGCGAUGGGGUGCUCCCGCUUGAAGGGGCGGCACUCGAGUUGAGCGUGGGUGACGUGUCGAGGACGAUGUCGAUCAACGUCCGGCGCUGCCCCGCGGGCUUUGGAUCUGACUCGGAGUCUGCGCUUGCGCCGACGUUUCUGAUGUGCGUGCGGUGCGGCGACGGGUCGUACUCGGACUUUGAGUCGUCCGAGAGCUGCCAGGCGGUGCCCGAGUGCCCGGGCGCGUCGCAACGGCCGGCGGCAAAUAACGCGACACACCUGGCAGCGUGCGUGUGCGAUCGUGGGUUCUGGUCACCGGAGGUGCGGCCGACGCGGGCAUGUAUGGUGUGUCCCGAGGGCGCCGAGUGCGACGGCGGGCGGGCGGUGCCGUUGGCCAAGCCGGGCUGGAAGCGGACGAGCACGAGCGAGUUUGUCUUUGCCGAGUGCCCGACGCCGUCGGCGUGCCUCGGCGGGCGGGCUGGCGUCGAGUGUGCGCCGGCGUAUGAUCCGGCGAGCUUGAUGUGUCGCAGCUGCGCCAGCAACGCGUUUCGAUUCUCCGACGGAACGUGCCGCAAGUGCCCAGCCAUGUCGCUGCCAAUGCUCUACCUGUUUGUAGGCAGUGUGACGAUGGUGGCUCUGGCUGCGGCGGGCGUCGUUGGAUGCACGGCGCGGAUGAUCGAGCGCGACGAAAGAGCGGCGCCAGAGGCAAUGCCGCAGUCGGAGCGAUACAAGCUUGUGCCGCACGCGCUCUCUGUCGGGCUCGUGUACAUCCAGAUUCUGGGCCUUCUUGCCGACGCACCGGUCAAUUGGCCGAAGACGCCUGUGCGUGACGCGCUGCGGGUGGCCAACGCAGCCAACAUCGACUUGUCAAUUUUUGCCACCGACUGCACCAUCAAGGACUUUGCGACGAGGUACUUGUCUGCGGUGGCGCAGACUCCGGCGUGGUCACUCUGUGGACGGCUGGUGUUUACGCUCGGCCCGCUAGUGUACAUUCCGCUGUGUCGGAUCACGCUGGUGUUCUUUGACUGCACGCGGCUGCCGGACGGCAACUACUACUUGGACGCAAACCUGAACGAGCAGUGCUUUUCGGCGACGUGGAUGAAGCUGCUGCCUGUUGCGCUCGUGGCGCUUGUGGCGUAUGUGCUUGCGCUUCCGACGUUUUUUGCAGUGACGCUGUGGCGAAACCGGCAUCGGCUGAGUGAGCCUGCAGUGUUUGCGCGAUACGGGCCGAUGUACUCGUCGUACCGGAGCACGUACUUUUGGUUCGAGCUGGCGCAGCUUGUCAAGCGCCUCCUCAUUGUGAGUGCAGCGCUGUUCUUCUCGCGGAUCCAGGUGUGGCUGCUCUCGGUGCUUGUGGUCAUUUUUGCGGUGUUUGGCGCGUAUCAGCUCAAACAUGAGCCGUACUUUUUCCCCGUCCACAACACGCUUGAGACGCGGCUCAACGGGUCGGUCCUUAUCCUACUCGGCUGCGGGGUCCUGUUCUGGGCGGACGACUUUCCGAACGACCUGGCCUACAAAGUGAUUGCGGCGGUGGCGGCUGCAGCGAUCGGGCUCUCGCUCACUUUCCUCGCGCUCGCUGCUGGGCGCGAUGUGCACGCGACGAUCCGGUCGCGGCGGGUGGUGGCCGACGGCGGGAGAAGCGAUGACGGCGCUGAGCUCGGGCUGCUCUCGACCCGCGACGAGGUCUUUCUCUCGCUGCUCUCCCGGCACGCCAGCGACCUCGAGCAUCCUGCGCUUGCGCAGCCUGUGCUCAGCAUCCAGAAGCGGUUUCAGAGCAAGGGCGAACUGGGUGGCCGCUCCGAGUCGAGCGCGUCGUCAAGCGUGUUGUCGAGUACCUCGUCGAGCACGUUUGAACGAGAGGCGAUCAAGACACGGGUCGUCAGCUUUGCGCUUGAUGACCUGGAGCAGAGAAGGGCGAGCUCGAGCGGGGCGAGCUCGCUCGAGUUGUCAUAA